AUGGCCACGGACCUGAAGCAGAAGGCCGAGGCAGGACGCAGCAACGUCGUCGACGACCUGCUGCUCUCGUCGCCCAGGGCUCUCGCCGAUGACGAAGCCCUUCUCUCGCCCAAGAAGAAGAUUAGGGCCGCCAGGAUUCGCGCGCCAGACACCACGGCCAGCGCAGAUUCCUCCCCUGCACUCCCCUUCGACUCGACCGAGUUUUCGCUGCAGGGGUCGCGUGGGGUGCUUCCCACGCCCCUCGCCUCCCUGUCUUACUCCUCGUCGUGCCCCUUCCUCGCCGAAUCGACGGAGACCAAGGUCGAGGGGGAGAAGAAGGACAACACCAACAAGGAGAAGGAGGUGGUCGAAGAUGAUGACGACGACGACGGGAACGAUGGAGACGACCACAGCUCCAAGAGCGGCAACAAGGAGAAGGAAGUAGAAAAGGAGGAGGAGGUGGUGGAAGAAGAAGAAGACGACGACGACACGGAUAGCGAGAGCGAAAGCGAAGACGUGAAGGCGAAAGCGAAGAAAGCAAAGGCGAAGAAAGCGAAGAAGGAAAAGAGAGAGAAGAAAGAGAAGAGGAGGAGCAAGGCGGUGGCUGCAGCUGAGGCGGAAGAGAAGGAGAAGCAGGUGCGGGAGAUCGAGGAGCGAAUGAAGCGCGAGUUGGCCCGGCUGGAGGAGCAGAAGGAGCGGGUGCGGCUCGAACUCGAGCGACUCAAGAGCGGCGGUGGCGCGGUCCAUCACGGAGAGGGAGACGACGCGACCACCGCCAAAAAGAGCGAAUGCGAAGAGAAGAAAGAAGGACGAAAGACGAAGACGAAGACGAAGAAGACGAAGAAGGUUGCCGCCGCCGCCAAGACGAAGGAGAGCUCGAGCGACGAGAGCGAAAAAGAGGAAGAAGAGAAGAAGGAGAAAAAGAAGAAGAAGGAGAAGAAGGAGCGAAGGGCCGAGAGCCAGCAGGUGGCGACACGGAACGCAGCGAAGAGCGAUGCCGAUGCCGACGGCGGCGCGGCCGGGCGUGCGCUGAGCGUGCUGGAAGAUGCGCAGCGCGUGCGGCUUCGAACGCAGGAGGUGGUCUCGGCCAGCGCCGUCGUGAAGACCAACACGAAGGCCGCCAAGCCAAAGAAGGAAAAGAAGGAAAAGACCAAGGAAAAGCAGAAGGCCAAGAGCGAAAGCGAAAGCGAAGAAGAAAGCGACGACGAGCUUCAAUCGGGACCGACGGUCAUCUGCACGCGGCACGACGAUGACGACCAGAAGAAGACGCCAAACGAUGUCGCCGACGUAGACGACGACGGCAAAGAGAGCGAAAGCGAAAGCGACGGCGAUGCGCACGACACCAAAAAGAAAGAAGCCAAGAGAGCGAAGAAGGAGGAGAAGGAGCGGGAGAAGCGAAGGAAGAAGGAGGAGAAGGAGCGGGAGCGAACCCAGCGCAAGGAGGAGAAGCGGCGACUGCGCGCCGAGCGCAAGGCCAAGAAGGCCGAGCGCAAGCAGCAGCGGAAGAAGACCGGCGGUAACGGCGGCAGCGGGCUGAUGGCGAGCAUCGACAGCAACGCCAGCGUCGGCAGCAACGACCAGGAGCAGCUCCGCAGAGUCGAGGCCGCCCUGUGGUCCGAGUUCGUGCCUUUCAUCCUGCGCGAGAGCCACGCCGGCCUCUUUGCUUCGCUCGCCGCCCGCGCGCCACCGGCCAAGCGCCGCGCCAAGUCUCGCGGCGGCCGCAACCGCGACGCCGGCUCCGGCGGCGACGACGGCUCGGAGUCGAGUUCGGCCGCCGACUCGGAGUCGGAUUCGUCGGACGACACGGACACGUCAUCGCUGUCGACGUCGUCGUCGGCUGCGUCAGAUGUCGACAGCAGCGGGAGCCACCGGCGGCGGCGCAGUAGCGAGGGGGGCUCGCGCGGCGGCAAGGCGGCGGAGGUGCCGGCCGAGCUCGAGCAGCUGAUGCUGGGCCUGCACCGGUUCCUGACGACGGUGGUCUGCAACGCCGGCUUCGCGGGGAGCGACGUGUUCGAGGCCACGGCCGGCCGGCUGGCCGGUCUCGGCAGCCUCUUCGCCCACCCGCUCGGCCGCAACGCCUUUGCCGUCGCCCUCAAGAAGCUCGCUCGCCAGAACACGUCGUUCCUCUUGACCGAGGAGGGCUUCCAGUGCAUCCUGUGCCUGAUCGAGCAGGUCAUCAACGCGUUCGACUUCAAGCGCUACGAGACGGAUCUGUCGGUGGCGCGAGUGAUCAUGAACAUCGCAUCGACGUUCCACCGCACUCUCAACGGCUCGACGCAGUUCGUGCAGCAGUUCAUCACCGCCUACACCAUCUGGCGCGACCUCAUGUUCUGGGAGAAGUACUUCUGGGACGAGCUGGCGGUGGCGCAGCGCAAGGGCUACCAGCAGCUGGACGCGGGCGACGGCGAAGAGAAAAAAGGAGACGACGCAGCUUCGACGCAGCAGCAGGGUCCGGGCGACGCGUCGACCGACGCCUCCGCGACGCCGGAGGAACCCGAGGAAUUCGUGCCCUUCAACCCGACCCUCAUUUUCGUGCUCCUCCAUUCCACCGCGUACAACAUGCUCAAUUGGGACGUCGAUGUGCGAUCGGUGCGCAAGUUCGUGACGCGGAUGUGCAAGAAGACGUGCCUCUCCCACGACCAGCGACAGUCCAUCAUGGAAAUUGUGGAUUCGUUCGCCAAGAGCCUGCUGGCGCCGUCCGAGGGUUCGUUCGACUCUCCGAUGCAGCGGAGCAGCAGCGGCGGCGGCAGCAGCAGCGAUGACCUGUCCUCGCGCAAGCUGGGCGUCCGCAAGAAGAGCACCAUCGCCGCCGCCGCCUCCUCCAUCGAUGGCACCGUUGCCGCCGCCGAUAAGAAACCCGAAUCCGCCUGGGACCAGGAGGUGCUGGAGCAUGUGAUCGGGGAGCUGGGGCGGCUGACGGAGGAGCAGCAGGCGCUGAUGGCGCAGAAGGCGCGGGAGCGGGAGGAGGAGGCCAGGCGGCUGAAGGAAAAGUCGGAGCGAAGCAAGAAGCAGCUCAAGGCCAAGGCCGCCGCCUCCACCGGCAAAGUCGAGGCCGGCAAGAAGCACCUCGAGAAAGCCUUGGACGCGUUCCAGGAGGUGCAGCUGGUGCAGCGGUCGCGGGUGAUCGGGGAGCUGGUGAGCACCGAGAAGAGCUACCUGGCCAACCUGGUGAUGACCGUGCAGCACUUCCUGGAGCCCUUCCGCCGGGCCAAGGUCGUGAGCGAGGGCGAGAUCAACCUCCUCUUCUCCAACAUCGAAAUCAUCGUCGGCCUCUCCCAGACCUUCCUCACCCGCUUGGAGGAGCGGCUGGCGAGCUGGAAGGCGGACAACAGGGCGCCCGGCGAGCAGUUCCUGUCGGACAUCUUCGCCCUCGUCUUCCCGUUCAUGAAGAUCUACGCGACCUACUGCGGCAACUUCGAGGACGUCAACAGCUACCUCCAGCGCAACAAGAACAACGAAAAGCUCACGCGCUUCAUCCGGCAAUGUGAGCUGCAGACGAAAAACAAAUUGGACCUCCCGUCGCUGCUCAUCAUGCCCGUGCAGAGGAUUCCGCGGUACCGGCUGCUGUUGCAGGAGCUGAUCAAGUGCACGGCCCCGCACCACGCCGACUACCGCAAGCUCUGCAGCGCCCUCGAGAUGAUCAAAAACAUCGCCGACUUUGUCAACGAGCAAACGAAGGGAUCCCGGCUACAUACGAUGCAAAAGAACUUCGGCCCCAAGGCCGACAGCAUCGUGGAGCCGUGGCGGGUGUGGAUCAAGGACGGGCACCUGCGGGCGCUGGCGAUCGUGGAGGGGGGCAAGGUGCAGAUCAUCCCCCUGUACGUGAUCCUCUUCAACGACCUCCUGGUCUACGCCAAGAGCCCCAAGGAGUACCUCGGCAAGGUCCACCUCCACGAGGCCUGGGUCAAGGACGAGCAGGACGCCGGCGAUAUGCAGAACAUUCUGCAGUUCUAUUCGCCGUCGGCGGCGUUCCUCUUCGCGGCGAACAGCGACGAGGAGAAGUACGAGUGGAUCAAGGCGCUCGCCACCAACAUCGAUCGCCAGCUCCAGGUCGACGAAUGCCGCGAGAAGCGUCUGUCGGUGCUGGCCGAGAUCACGAAGAAGAAAAAGAAGAGCAAGAAGCCGCCCAAGGAGAAGGCCGACGGCGCGGCCGACUCGCUCGUGGCCUCGGCCGCGGCGGCCGACAAGAAGCAGCAGAAGAAGGCGAGCCGGAAGCAGAGGGAGCACGACCAGCUCCUGUCGGCCUUCCUCCAGUUCCACCCGAACGUGAUCCCCAACACGGCCAACGAGCUCCUCACCACCACGCAGCGCAUCGAGAAGACCUUCCGCACCCUCUCGCGCCACUUCUCCUUCCGCAACGUCAAGGAGACCGCCCCGCGCGACGGCGACAAGGUGAAGAACGAUCUUGAUCUGGCGACGCCGCCGACGCUGGCCUUCAGCGAGCGGCAGCUGCCCACGCGGGCGGCGGGCCGGUCGCUGGUGCCGCCCAUCACGCCGCCCAAGACCCCCGCGCCCGGCGCCCCGCUCACCGCCCCCGCGCGCGGCCGUGCCGCCUCCGCAGCCGCCUCCUCGCCCUCAUCACGAUCCGCCGCCGAAGCCCAGUCGCCGCAAAAGGCCGGCGACGCCGCCGAGCCCUCGUCGUCGUCGUCAUCGGCGCCGGCAAAGAAGUCCGGCGGGUUCUGGGGCCUGUGGAGCAGCAGCAACCACCAGGUGGCGACGGCGACGACGACCGCCGGCGGGCCGACGACGACGGAAGGAAAAGGCGGGUCCGCGGGCAAGGGAAGCGGUAAGGACCUCGAGAUUUUCCGGCUCUGA